UAAAAUGGAUGAUGUAAACAAAAUAUUGCCAUUUGAUAAAAGUCUAUUGGAUAUCACCGUAUCAUUGCGGCAGUUGGAGGAAAUUUCUAAAGAAAUCUCAACGCGCGGUCAGGUGAGCGGCUCCAAUGAAGUGGUUUGGGCUCUUAAAGCUUUGACAUUAACUGAUUUGACUACACUUGCUGGCGAUGAUACGACUGCCAAUGUAAGUCGUUUGUGUCACCGAGCUGCAUAUCCAUUUCCAUUACAUAUGUUGGAAUCGGUGAUUGAACCAGAACUACAGCCAGAAAUACAUACGGGUGCUGUAUGUGUCUAUCCAUCACGGGUAGCCGAUGCAUAUAAAACCUUUCAACAAUUGCAUAAAGAAACUGUAAUACCAAUUGCGGCCGUUGCAACUGGUUUCCCUACUGGUCAAUAUGGACUUGAAACGCGACUGCAAGAAAUUAACUUUGCCAUCGAAAGUGGUGCAAGUGAAAUUGAUAUUGUUAUAAAUCGUCAAUUAGCUUUAAUUGGUGACUGGGAAGGCGUUUACAAUGAGGUAUGUGAAAUGAGAAAAGCAUGUGGCAAUAAGGCACACCUGAAAACAAUUCUUGCUAUUGGAGAGCUGGGUAGUAUGGAAAAUGUUUAUAAAGCUUCAAUGGCCUGUAUGUUAGCUGGCGCAGAUUUUAUAAAAACAUCCACAGGUAAAGAAGCGGUCAAUGCAACAAUACCUGUUGGUCUUGUUAUGAUAUAUGCUAUACAGGCAUUUCAACGUAAAACUGGACAAAUUGUUGGCUUAAAACCUGCGGGUGGUGUACGUACUGUACGCGAAGCAAUUACAUGGAUGACAUUGGUUAAGGAAACUUUAGGCAUGCAAUGGUUGCAACCAAAAUUAUUUCGUUUCGGUGCAUCUGGUUUGUUGGAUGAUAUUGAAAAGGUUGUUCGAAAAGGUUUAGUUGGACAAGAAUUAUCAGGAGGUACAGUGGCAGCUUAUUAAAUUUUAAUAAAGCCCAAAAUCAUUUAAUUGACUUCGUUCAAAAAACACUACUGCCAGUCAUUAAAGCUUUAAUACAAUGCAUUUUGUUUUUAAAUUAUAAUUAAUUAUAUAUUGUUUUUUAAACAGCUUUAAAUUAUAAAAAUUA